UACCUGAGGAAGGUACGGGGUAUACAGCUCCUCCGUUGCUGCCACGCCGAUGCGCUUAGGUUAGCGGUAGUUUCGGGUACCGGUAGGGCUAAUCUCGGUAUUAGUAGCGGGAGAAGCGGGUCCCUCCCGCUAACGAUCGCGUGCUCGCUCGACAUGCAAAAACCCUCUUUCCCUCACGAGUCAUCGUCUUUAUCGUUCGUUGUCCAUGCAGACGCAUCGAAUUUUGCCGAGGGCGUGACAAAAGAGCAGGCUUACACGCAAGUCCUCUUACAGGCCGAAGGUCUCUUUGACGGCCAAAGAAACUGGGUAUGCAAUCUUGCCAACGCCGCAUCCCUCUUAUGGCACGCUUAUAAGUCGUUGCCUCACCCAAGCAACCAGGUGAACUGGGCAGGCUUCUACACCCUUGAUCCGCAGGCGACAGCAUCAAACCGCCAGCUCGUCCUAGGGCCGUUCCAGGGCAAAGUCGCCUGCCAAACCAUCGCCUUCGGUAAAGGGGUAUGCGGGACCGCCGCAGAAACCCAGAUAACACAGCUGGUUCCCGACGUCGAGAAGUUCCCGGGGCACAUCGCCUGCGACGGGGAUAGCAAGAGUGAGAUCGUGGUACCUGUUGUCGUCGGGAGCGGAGAAGCGAAGAAGUUGGUGGCUAUCAUAGACGUCGACUGUGCAGACUUCAACGGGUUCGACGACGUGGAUAGGAAGUACUUGGAGCAGUUGGCAGAACUGCUGGGGAGGAGUUCUGAUUGGUGAAGCGGGAAUCAUGAAGGUGGCUUAUAGAACCAUCACUUGUCUGGCCUGUCACAGGUUAGAUUCCUUUCCGAGGCAUUAUUUUCGAGUCUUUAAUAUGCAGGCUAUGGUGUAAAUAUGCCGCCCUGACGCGUCAGGAGU